CGUUGUCCGGGUGCUAGAGUGUCCUCGAUGGCUAUCAUAGGAUGGCUUUGCAGAGGUGUUCGUGAUGGCGUUGCCGUGGCUGCUCGUUUUGGAGCUCGUACUUUACGCAGGCUGUUUCAUCUGUGGAAUAAUGUCCGCUGCCUCGCUGACAAUCACCCAGGGCCACUUUACAGGCCAGUGCAUUCUUUAUGGGACUGUUGAGUACAACACAUCUGGCCUGGUCCUGGAGAGCCCCAGCCAUCCCUCCCUCUGCUACUUUGUGUCAGCCAUCUCUGUAUCUGUUGCCGUCUACUGCCUCUCCCUCACCCUCUACUGGAUCUACACCAGUUGUGUGGAAGAGGAGGUCAAGAGGGAAAGACUAUGGCUGAAUGUGACUCUGGGGGUGUGUAUGAAGAUAUUGUUUUUCCUGGCGGUGUCAGGAUGUACCCUGAGGAUCGGCAGGGACCGCCUCUGUCUGUCUGCCCUCCACAAUGUGCCCUCCAUAACCAGUUGUGAAGAAGCCGAGAAUAAAACCUGGGUCAGUCCCUACGAUGGAAAUCAGUUCUACACAGGCUUGUAUGAUGCAGAGAAGUCUGUGUGGGUGAACUUCUUCUUCUGGGUGCUGAUCGUGGUGGUGGUGUUUGUCCAGAAACGCCAGGGGUUAGGCUCAGGGUCAGAAUGGAGCGUGUCUGAAACAGAGCCCUUCUUCCACCGUCCUGUCUGACCCCAUCGACCACACAUAGCCAGAUGGGUGCCAUAAUGGUUGUUUUCCUCUGCUCAGACGUUGCUGACGCAUGCCAGAUCUUACAACGCCUACAUAGGUAUUUUACGUAUCAGCUAAUCAUAUCAUAUGUUAUAGCAAUCUGGUGCCCAACGGCAAAGUCUAUGAUGUGGCACACAACCAUUAGUUGAUGCAUGCAACGUCUGAGCAGGGCAACACGACCAAUGUGUCCCUGCAUGCAACAACCUAGUUUUGGCCCAAGCUCAAGACAGGGAUAACAGUGGGUUAUAAAACAGGAUGUACUCAAUUAUUGGUAAUGUAAUUAGAUUCCACUGCAGUAUGUAAUAGCCAACCAUACACGUUUGUGAGAGUGUGAUUUGAAGGAGUCAGGCGCAGGAGGGUAAAUCAAAGAAUA